AUGAAUCUUAGGCACCAUCUAGAGUCGUGCGAGGAGGCCUUAACAUUAAGAAUUGUUCUCGAGUUUCUUCUAAAUGAUAGCAGUAAGAAGUUAUAUAUACGAUCAAGUUUUGUUGGCUCUCUAUGUGAGCACACACCCGCGCUUCAUAUCGCAUGUCAUCUACGACACUGUUUAGCAGUGAAGUAUUUGAUUGAGAAUUCGGACAGGACAGACAUCUCGGCCAAAGACGGCAAUGUAAAUAUAGCGCCUCACUAUGCCAUAAAGUACACGAGUAGCGAUCGUAUUAUUCAGCUCCUUCUUGAGAAGGGAGCGGAUCCUUCGAUUCAAAACGGCAAUAGAAACACAGCACUUCACUUUGCAAUAAUAUACGAGAGGAGUGAUCAUAUUAUCCAGCUCCUUCUCGAGAAGGGCGCGGAUCCUUCGAUUCUAGACAGAUUUGACAGAAAAUCAGCACUUCACUUUGCGAUAAUAUACGAGAGGAGUUAUGAUAUUAUCCAGCUCCUUCUCGAGAAGGGUGCGGAUCCUUCGGUUCAAGACAGAUUUGACAGAAAAACAGCACUUCACUAUGCCAUACAGCACAGGAGGAGUGAUCAUAUUAUCCAGCUCCUUCUCGAGAAGGGCGCGGAUCCUUCGAUUCAAGACAGAUUUCAGAGAAAAACAGCGCUUCACUAUGCCAUACAGCACAGGAGGAGUGAUCAUAUUAUCCAGCUCCUUCUUGAGAAUGGCGCGGAUCCCUCGAUUAAAGAUCUAGAUGGAGACACAGCACUUCACUGCUCAUUACUACAUCCUGAUAGUGAUGAUUAUAUUACCCAGCUCCUUGAGAAGGGUGCAGAUCCUUCGAUUCAAAAUGACAAUGGAGAUACAGUGUUCCAUAUAGCCAUAUGGUGUGAUAAUGAGAAGGCUAUCCAACUAUUCCUUGAUAAUGGCGUAGACAUCGCUAUUCGAGACAGUUACGGCUGUACAGCACUUCAUCUUGCAAUCGAAUUCUUUGACCCCGAGAAAACCGCUACUAGUGUCCCCCUCGAGUACGCAAAUGAUCACAUUCGACCUCAUGUCGCGGACAUCAUAAGGGAAGAGAUGUCUAAAAGAGAAGGCCACGUUCCAGAAAUAUUGAUAAGCCAUACGGACGCACCGGCCCCAUGCCCCAGGACUACCGAAGCCAGAAAAAAACGUCUAAGAACCGAUAACCUAGACAACCCGGAAAAUGGUACCAAGAGGGCACGCUCUGAGGAGAUUGAACAAGUAGAGGCCCAGAUGCUCGAUAUGGAAAUUGAUGUUGGAUAA